CACUCCUCUCUCCUCUUGUUCCUCUCUCACUGUCAUCUCAAUCAUCAUGGCUCAAGAUAUCAAGGUUGAGAAUGGCCCGGAGCCUCAAUACUAUGACCAAGAGGAUGUGAAAAGCUCGCCUCCCUCGGCUCAGAUCGAUCCUUUUGGAGCUGAGGAUUCGGCUGAAAUCAAGUACAAGACGUUGACCUGGUGGCAAACCGGAAUCAUCAUGAUUGCUGAAACGGUCUCUCUCGGAGUCCUCUCUCUCCCAGCUGCUGUCGCUUCGAUCGGAAUGGCACCAGCUGUCGUCCUCAUUUUCGGUCUCGGUGUGAUCUCGACAUAUUCCGGCUACCUGAUCGGCCAAUUCCGGCAAAAAUAUCCAUUCAUCCACAGCAUGGCCGACGCAGGCGAUAUCCUAAUGGGCCCUGUUGGUCGCAACGUUCUCGAAAUGGGACAGCUGCUGUUCUUCCUCUUUGCCACCGGCAGUCACCUUCUCACGUUUACGGUUAUGAUGAAUACCCUGACGGAACACGGCACAUGCUCGAUUGUUUUUGGCGUCGUCGGAUUGAUUCUUUCGUUUUUGUUUUCGCUGCCUCGGACGAUGAAGAAUGUGUCAUGGCUGGCCAUGGCUUCGUUCGUUAGUAUUUUCGUGGCUGUUGUGAUUACUAUGAUCGGUGUUGGUGUUGAGCGCCCGGGUAAGGGUAUCUAUUCCGUUACCCAGAAGACCGACUUUGUCAGUGGCUUUACUGCUGUGACCAACAUUGUUUUCGCUUACUGUGGCCACCCCGGUUACUUUGGCUUCAUCGCCGAAAUGAAGAACCCCGAAGACUUCCCCAAAUCGCUCUGCAUGCAACAAGGAUUCGAAAUCGUUCUCUACACCAUCUCCGCUGCCGUGAUCUACCGCUACACUGGUGACAGUGUCGCCUCGCCCGCGCUGGGCUCGACCGGUCCUCUCCUCCGCAAAAUCGCCUACGGUAUCGCUAUUCCUACAAUUGUCAUCGCAGGUGUCGUCCUGGGCCACGUGGCUAUCAAGAACGUCUAUGUUCGCAUUUUCCGUGGUACUAAUGUCAUGCACCAGAAAAGUUUGCUGGGUACUGGUGCUUGGAUCGGUUUGACGCUUGUGUUCUGGACGAUUUCGUGGGUCAUCGCCGAAGCAAUUCCUGUUUUCAGCGACCUCUUGAGUUUGAUUAGCGCUCUGUUCGUCAGUUGGUUUUCUUACGGCCUCCCCGGCAUCUUCUGGCUCUACAUGUACUGGGGCGACUACUUUUCCUCCCCCAAGAAAAUCCUCCUUUUCCUCGCCAACGUCGGCCUCGUCGGCAUUGGAACCACAAUCUGCGCCUGUGGUCUCUGGGUGUCCGGACUUGCUAUCCAUGAAGAUAGCAAAGGGGCAGCUGGCAGUUUUUCGUGCGCUAAUAAUGCAUAAACGGUGUUUGGGCUUGUUUUCUUUUUAUUUUCUACUUUCUGUUUAUUUAUGCGACUAUGCAUGAUAGAGGGUGUUAUGGAAUUAUUCCCGGCACGUGUUUGUUGAUUUUGUUAUGGGAAUUUGAUUUGUUAUGCUAUAAGAUACUCCGAUUGCAAAUAAUGCAUCAAUGUUAAUGUCGAGACUCUACAUACUUUGAAUUACUGUCGGUUGAGGUAACGGGAAACGAUUUCCGAGGCAUAUCUGUGGACCCGUUGAGCCUCGUUUAACUCCCCAAAAAUAGACCCCAACGAAACAGACAAAUC